CGCCGGAGCUUGGGGGGGGCCCCGCCGGGCCCCGCGUUUCCCGGCCCCCCGGGCGGGCUGGCGGGGCAGCGCCGCGGGAGAGCCCCACAGCCUCCCGCCUGCCCGGUUUGGGGGAAAUCCCCCCUUUUGGGGCCAGCUGGGGUCACGGCGCUGCCGUUUUGUGGCUUCGGGAAGGAAAUGCUGCCUGGGCCCCUCUUGGAGAGGCGCUUCCAGGCCCCCCCCGUCCAUCCAUCCGUCCGUGCGUGCGUGCGAGCAUCUUCCCUGGGCGAGACCGAGCUGCACUUGACCUGGACCAGAAAUAACAUGGGCGUUUCCCUGCUCCUCGGGCGCUGCGGACCCUCAGCACCUCCUUCGAGCCGCUAUUAACGCAAAGCAGCGGAUGGUUUAAUAGGGGGUUAAUAGCGGGGUUGGGGGGGGGUCAGUCCCCAGGCCGUGGCCCUGCCUUGGCUUUGCUCGACCCCCCCGGGAGCGCAGGCGGCUCCGUGGCGCCGACCCAAGACUCCCAUUAGGCAGCUUCGCUCAGCGCCUGCCCGGCCUCGCAAGUGUGUCCGCGGGCAAACCGCAGCGGCCGGGGGCGGCGGGGCGUGGGGGGGCUGGCGCCUGGCCCGCGCCCUAUAAAGCGCAGUGGCGGCGGCGCGGCCCUGCCUGCAGCGUGAGCGGAGCUCAGCCCCAGAUCUGCCAGUCUGUGCGGCGCUGCGUGGGAGCGGCCGUGCCCGAGCGAGGCCCGAGCGUGCCAGGCUGCCGCGGGGGUCCCCCGCCUUCGCCGAGGUCUCCCGAGCGCGCCCGGCCCAGGUGGGCUCUGCGUUACGGGUUUUGCCCCAGUUCUCCCCCUCUGCCCCACACCCCUUCGGGGCUGGGAUUUCACCCUGGUGCAUGGAGCCUGGUGCAGGUGGAGGUGGCACGUCCCAGAGGCUCCCGGAUUUGGGCAUGGAUGCUUGGCUUGGCUGGCACACGAUGCCUGCCCCACGCUCUCGUGGCACUCCAGGGGCAGCUGAGACCUUUCCUAGCUGAGCAGGUUAUGACACUUGUGGGGUGUCAACACGGGGCUGGGAGCAGCCGGCCGAGGGGGACUGGUGCUUUGCCCCAUGCCUUGCUUGGCGCCCGUUUGCUGGGGCCAAGGGCGCCGCGGGGGUCUGUGCCCCGCCGCCCGCCAGUGCCCUGCCGCUCCGGGGGGGCUCGCUGUGCCCCGGGGCCCCCGGUGCCGCUGGCGAGGAUGUCCCCAGGGCCGCGGCGCCGGGAGUGUGUCUCUUUAACGAGGCUGGGCUUGGAGCAGCUCCGGCUUCUGGCACAGGGUAGCGAGGGAUGAGGGAUGGAGCGGCGGCGCUGAAGGAGCCGGCGCCAGGCAGCAGCCUGCAGCAGGGAGAGGCAGCAGCGCUCGCCCCCGGGUGCCGCAGAGCCCGAGCCGGGGCGCAGCAAAGCCCCCGGCCGGGGAGGAGGGCUCCCCGCCGCUGCCGAGCCUCUGCCGUCCUCCGCCUCCGGGUAAGGGCCACCGCCGCGGGGAGGGAGACCGGGCCCGGUGGGCGGCCGCACCGCCUCGGGUCGCCCAGCCGCUGGCGGGCAGCGCUGCAUCGUGGCUGGACGCGCGGGGAGGCAGCGGGGCCACGGAGGUGCCCGAACUGCCGCCCGGGUGAGCGAGCGGCUGCGCCGCAGCCACAUGCAGCGAUGGCCAGAGCGAGCCCCGGGCACGGGCACCGGGCUGCAGGGCACAGCGGGAGCGGCGGCAGGACCCCGCUGUGGUCUGCCUGCAGGGCCGGGCACGCUUUCCAGGGGUCUGUACCGGGGGGGACUGAAGGCAGUAACUCCAGCUUUUUGGCACGGGGCUGAGGUUCUGCACGGGUUUAAAGGGGAGGGAGGCGUAAGCAGCAGCGCGGAGGGAGGCCGGCGGCAUCGCUCGGGCAGGGCGCCGGUGAGUUUUGCUCCUCGCUGCCAGGCUGCCCCUGGAUGCCGCGGGGGGGCCGUGGGGGGCGCGAGGCUGCGCUGCGGGGGCCAGGCUCGGACCGGGGGUCUCAGACCGGGCACCGGGCACUGCUUUCUGUUUAGACUUUGACAGCAGCUAAAGUAGCAGAGAAGCCUUGAGGAUAGCGCUGGAGGCUGGAAACGGGGGCAAUGAUGUGCCCAGCGCAGCCCCUUCGCCUACAGCCUUUGGGGAAACCUUCUCUGCCCUGCGCCUGCAUUUUCCACACACCCGGGCCAGCCUUGCCCCUUUCCCGCGACCGCACAGCUCAUCACCACUUUCAGGGCGGCGUGGGAAAGUUUGGCAACUCCACACGCAGCUAGCGGUAGCCCUGUGGGCCCCGGCGCGGCACGCGCCAAGGGGGUUUGGCAGCAGCCUGCCUUGAGUGAGCCCCCCUGCUCGCAGGGGAAGGUGAAACGUUAAAGCAUCCUGAUCUAGAGAAACCUCCUUUGCGCCUUAGCCAAAGAGGGUUGUCAAGCCCGGUGGUGUCUGGGCUCGGGAGCGCCCUACAUCGCCCAUGAAACAAGCCCUUGAUGCCCACCGCGGCAGGCAGCGGGUGGGGAGGGAGGAGGAGGAGGGGGCGAAGGCACCGGUGGCCGAGCCCCCGAGGACAGUUUGCCGCCCGGGGGAUGAGGGUGAAGCGGACGGGGUGAGGAGUUGCGCGUCUGGUUUUAUUCAUUGCCGCGGGGCUUAGAGCAGCCUGCGCGAAGCGCGGCAGGGCCAGAUGGGCCCUGUUUGCUCUGCUAGUGUAAAUGUAAAGAGAAGUGAUAAAGAGCAGCCGGGGCAGCUCCUCACUAAGUCCCCGGUAAACAACUGAUCGGUGUCCUGGGCAAUGGGCGGUCUGCAAAUAGCAGGCGGGUUGCUGAGCAUCCAGCCUGGUGCCCUGGGAGCAAACGGAAGGGCUUUGGGGCAAAAUCCAUCCUUAACAGCUCGGCACAGCAGCGCUGGGGGAGCCUCGGUGCCGGGAGCCAGUUUGGGCUCGCCAGACGCCGCGUGCAGGGUAGGACCCGGCUGACGACGCUCCCGGCAGGUGCUUUUCCCAAGGGAAAGAAGAGGUUAGUGGGCGAAGGAGCGGAUCAGUGCCUUGGCUUGAAGCAUCCCAACCACAUCGCUCCCCAGGGCUGGUGCCGAGGGGCUGCGCACCGGCAUCUCCCGGCGCGGGGUCCUUUGCCCAGCAGCAGAGAGCAUCCUCCCAGGAGUCUCCCCACUGGCACAGCUCCUCCGCUUCGUGUUGACCUUGCUGUUAAUUAUUAAGCCCCCAGCAAACACUGUGCUCUGUUCUGUCCUAGCUACACCGCGCCUUUCUUCCCCCUGCUGCUUUUUUUGUUGUUUUUCUUUUCUUUUUUUUUUUUUUUAGCAUACUGCCCUGGUAAGCCCCGUGGGUGGAUGGGGAGGGAGCAGCGGAUGCUCCUCUGCUGCGGGAGAUGGUUUGGGGUGGCCAAGAGGAGGCCGCCCGUUGACACCCGUUGCCGGCCACGCGCGGGAGUCCCUGCCGCUCCAUCAGGAGCCGGGAGCCACACGCGGCUGCGGCUGCCCAUGGGGCAAGUCCUCUCUUAACCGAGGCAGGGGGAGCUCCCUGGGGCUCCGCAGUGGCCGAGGAUCAUCCCCAGACCUGGUCUCUGGGGGCGGGAGGGGGGAUUUAGCUCAAUGUGUUUUGCGGAUGCUGCAGGGCCAGAGCGGCGUCCCCGCGCCUCCCAUCGUGCCCCCGAAGCAGCGGCUCGCCGGUGCGGACAGCCUCCCGGCGGAGCCCAGUGCCCGCUCUGCCCGCGGCCGCGCCAUGCCGGGGCUGUACGCGCUCGCCACCUGGGCCGCCCUGCCCCUCACGAGCUCCAGCGUGAGCGCCUGCGCCAACGGCUACUCGCUGGGCACCACCGCCCGGCUCGUCUACACCAACCCCCACGAGGAGCCCGUCGAAGGCGUCUUCAUCUACCCGCUGGAGGAGUCGGAGGUGGUGGCGGCCUUCGAGGCGGUGGCGGGCAGCAGGCGGGUGACGUUCCGGAUGCAGAGCCGGCGGCAGGCGCAGGCGUGCUGCCUGCAGCGCGGCUCCGGCCCCGGCCCCGGGCGGCCCCGGUGCUGCGCUGGUGGCCACCUGGUGCUGGACGAGGCCGCGGAGCGCUGCACCUUCGCCAUCGGCACGGGCGCCCUGGGCCCCGCGGAGAGCCUGGCCGUGACCGUCAGCACCGCGCGGGAGCUGGCGACGCUGCCUGGCGGGGCGCUGCGCCUCGUCUUCCCCGCCGUGCUGACGCCCCGCGUCGCCGCCGCUGCCACCGCCGCUGCGCGCGGGCCAGCAGGCCUGUGCGACGACAGGUUGGCCCUAUGCCCCACCAGCUGCUUCGGGGGCCCCAGCGCACGGAGCGAGCCGGCGGCCGGCGUGCCCCCCCCGGAUGCCGACGUCCUCCGGGGCCAGCCCUGCAACCCCUUUCCCUACGAGUUCGCCUUUGAGCUGCUGGUGAAGGGCCCCUGCUUGCUGGCGGGCCUGGAGAGCCCGUCGCACGCGCUGCGGGCCGACGCCGACCCCUGGGCCAGCUCUGCCUCCACCGUCUGCGUCACUCUGGCGGAGCAGCACCACUACGACAGGGACGUGGAGAUCAUCCUCUACCCAUGCGAGCCCCAUCGCCCCCACCUCGUGAUGGAGGAGGGCACCAUGACGUACCAGGAGUACGAGGCGCACAUCCGGAGCCGCCGGGAUUACGCCCGGAUAGCCAGCAAGGACAGCAGCGGCGAGAGACAGGCGGCGUUUGUGCAGAAGCGCUUCCACAAGGACAUCUUCCCCAACCCCGUGCUGAUGCUGAACUUCUGCCCCGCCGCCGAGGCCGCGCCGGGCGACCUGCAGAGCGUCACCCGCGAGCUCCUCUUCCUCGUGGACCGUGGCAGCGCCAUGAGCGGCCCCGACCUCGACAGGGUCAAGGACGCCUUGCUGGUGGCUGUGAAGAGCCUCCCGCCGGGGACCCUGCUCAACAUCGCUGGCUUCGGCGCCGACGUCAAGCCGCUCUUCCCGGCCAGCCGGCUCUGCGGCAAUGACACGCUGCGGCGGGCCUGCGAGCACCUCGGCGGGUUGCGGGCCGACCCCGGCAGCAGCGACCUGCUGGCGGCCGUGAGCUGGGCGCUGGCGCAGCCCCUGCACCCCGGCUACCCCCGGCAGCUCUUCCUCCUCACCGCCACCGCCGGUGACGCGGGCCGCGUCCUGCCGCUGGUGCGCCGGCAGGCCAGCACGCUCCGGUGCUUCAGCUUCGGCCUGGGCCCGCGGGCCUGCCGGCGGCUGCUGGCCAGCAUGGCCGAGGUGAGCCGGGGCCGCGCCGAGUUCCUUGGCCCAGCGGAGAGGCUGCAGCCCAAGCUCAUCAAGGCGCUGAAGAAGGCGAUGGAGCCAGCCGUGAGCGACAUCACCGUCGACUGGUACGUCCCCGACCGCCUGGAGGCCCUGCUCUCACCCACCGAGCUCGCGGCGCUCUACCCCGGCGACCGGCUCGUCAGCUACUGCGCCCUCUACGACGUGGCCCGCUUCCGCCAGCGGCGCCCGCCGGCCCGGGGCCGGGCUCGCCGCAGCUCGGCGGUGCCCUCGCAGGAGGAGGCGCUCAGCCCGGAGCCCUCCCGAGCCACCGCCGAGUCCCGCGAGGUCUCCGCGGAGGUCUCCGCCGGCGGCACAGAGGAGUCAGAGAGGAGUGCGGAGCCCCUUUCGGGGGGGGACAUCUGGAAGCGGAUCUACCAAGCGUCAUACAUCCAGGAGCAGUACGUGCUGACGCACUGCUCGGUCAGCACCGAGCGCAGCGGGGGGCUGCUCUCCCGCAGCUCCACCAGCAGCGAGUCCACGGGCUCCCGCGACGUGGCCCCCGACGGCGUCUCGCCAGCCCCCGCCUCCAGCGGCACCUCCCAGCAGGGCCAGAAGAGCGUGUCCCUCUGCGAGUCCUCCGCCAAGUCGGCCCCGCUGCCUCAGGCACCGGCCGGCGGCAAGACCGGCUCGACCCCGCAGGUGACGGCGGCCCUGAGCACCGAGGAGCUGGCGAGGCGCAAGAAGGCGCAGGCGCGUGCUGCCCUGGCCGGCCGCAGCUUCUCCUCGCCGCACGGCGAGCUGGAUGCACACCGCCUCUGCCGGGCUCUGGAGAAGGUGUCGCAGAAGAGGAACCAGUCGCUGGAGGGGAAGCUGGAUGAGCUGGGCCCCAGGACGCAGCGGCUGCAGAGGAGCGUGGGGGAUUCGAACAACCUCCUCUCGCCGACCCACCUGGACUGGGACAUGCUGGUGGAGCCCUCCUACCUCUUCAGCGCGUCCCCGGCGUCGGAGGCGAGGGAACCCAGCUCGGGCGAUGGCAGCCUGCCCCUGCGCUGCCAAGUGGUGAUCCACGCGCUGCGAGCGGGCAAGCCUGUGUCCUGGGAAGUCACGGCCUCACUGGAAGCCCUGCUCCGGCCCCGGGACAGCACGGGCAAGGAGGAGCCGCCGCUGCGGGCCAGCAAGGCUUGGGACAACCCGCUGCACCGCUUGGCGGCCCGCUCCGUCGUCCGGGACCACGAGAAUGCGGCGCAGCGGGAAGCCGAGCUGGAGCAGGGUUUCGCCCGCCGCUUUCGCCUCAAGGCCAUGCAAACCAGCAAAGCCUGCAACGUGCCUUCCCUCUACACCUGCGCGGUGCCCGUGGACGGCGCCACGCGGGCAGCACUGCCCGCCGCCCUGGAGGUGUGCAGCACAGCCGGCUCUGCCAGCCACCAGCGAGCCGCCCCGGAGGGGGGCUGGCGCCACAGGAGCUACUCGGUGGGUUUGGGCCGGCAGCAGGACGCGGAGGAGCAGGAGGAGGAGGCGCUCGUCGCCGCAGAGCGAGACGAGAUCCCUGCGUCCCUGGCCAGCGCGUCCUCUGUGACCUCCGGCUGGGAAAAGCAGAACAGCCCUAAUGGGUCUCCAACCAGCCCCUCCACCGCCUCCACGGGCUCCCAGAAAUCCACGGAGAGCGUUGCUGGCUCCAGGUUUAACCUGAGCAGACGCAAGGGGCCCAGCCUGGCACUGCGCCCACACUGCCUCAGCCCAGAAAGCGAGAGCACCAGCAAUGAUGCCAGCCAUGAUUACCUCCCACUGGUGCAGCUGCAGCAAGCCCGGGGGCCGUUCCAGCUCACCGAGAGCUUCUCCGAAGUGGUGCAGAUCCCCUUGGACCGCCUGCGCCGGGCCUCCCCCUAUGCCUCCCACCGAGCCAGCCUCAGCCCUGUGUCCCCGGUGGCCAAGUGCAGCCCCGAGGCAGGGCCCAUCGCGGGAGGCGAGGAGCCAGCUGGCGCCCCAGAGCCCGGCUCGCCCCAGUCCCACAGCACCUGCUCUGAGGUGCCCAGCAUGGCCGUGUGGGCGCAGGCAGACAGCGGACAUGGUUCCGAGUCCGACACCGGCGCCCACUCGGCUGCCCCCUCCGAGGCCAGCAUGAACUGGCAGGACGCGGGGCCGGAAGACCUGGAAAGUGCCAGCUGGGCCACGGCCGUGGCCUUGGCAUGGCUGGAGCACCGCUGCGCUGGCUUCUUUGAGGAGUGGGAACUGGUGGCAGCCAAGGCAGACGCGUGGCUGCAGGCCCAGCGGCUGCCCGAGGGGAUGGACGUGGGCUGCCUCAAAGGGGCGGCCAGGCACUUGUUCCUGCUGCUGCGUCACUGGGAUGAGAACAUCAAGCUGAACAUGCUGUGCUACAACCCCAACAACGUGUGAUGGCUGGAGGACAGGGCCAAUAAAGACAUCUGGCUCCA